ACCCAGGGGUCAGUGCAUGCGCAGUGAGGGAGGUGUUUGUUCGGCGGGUAAGCUCGAGACGGAGAAACAACAACAACCAUUCAGAGAAAAAAAAAUUCACUAGAACAGGUUUUAAAAUGGCAGACAGGUUGAUGACAUAUGAGACCCAAUUUUUUGGGUUCUCUCCCCAAACCUGUGUUCUGAGAGUGUCCAGUGGAAUCCAGGAUUCUCUCCUUGAUGUCAUGCUGGUUGUAGAACGAGUCAUUUUCAAGAAACUGAAGGAAAUGUCAGAUAGCAGUGUGACUCCAUCUCAGAUCCGUGCCUGUACGGAGAGCUUCCUUCAAAUAAUGAAAGAACGAUUUGAUGUGAUCUUUGAGAGGGUUGAGCAAGGGAUUCUGCAACACAUUUUCUACAUUCCUGAAAAUAUUCUGCUUCAUGAAGAUCACGUCCAGGAAAAGUACCCAUACACUGAGGAACAGUUCAAGGACUUACAGUCAGAAAUAGCUGAGCUCGAACACUGCUACAGAUGUGAAAUUAUGGCCAAACAUGCUCUUCUUACUGAAUUGGAAGACCAAAAGCUGAUUGAGCUGAAACUUGAGCAGAGAAUUCACUGGUUCAGCAAUCUGGAUAGCAGUUGGAGGAGUAAUGCAGUCAGCAAUGUUCGUGAGAGCCUGGCCUUUGUUAGGGAAUUGACUUGCAAGGUCCCAGCUAUACUUCGGAAAAUCCAACAGAAAUACAAGGACGAGCAAAAUCAAUCAACAGCACCCAGUGAGAGUGAACAGGAAGAAGGAAAGGAAAUGAGAAGGAAGCGGCUUAAACUAUAAAGGUAUUAGGACUGGUUGGUGCAAUGAGUUUGCACAGUACUCCCUAUACCCACCUCAAUUUGAGGACACUAAGAUUUCUGGCUGGAAAAUUAAGUUGAGAACUCUUCACAUUCCUAUGUAAAGCAACCAAUGGUCAAAAAAUUAUUAGAAUUUGACAUUUUAUUGGUCCUGUAGGAAGACCAGAAGGACAGCCUUCCAUUUCAAAUUGGGCAGCCAUAUUUAUGGGCGAUUUAUAUUACAGGGAGGUGAUGAGAUACAUUUGGAUCAGUACUAGGAAUAAUAUCCUGUAUCUACUCUGUAUGGUAAGCUGCUCUGGGCAUGUGACAGACUCGGAGGGUAUUAGCAAGUGUGUGAAUGGCAGAAAAUUUCCAAAACCUGUAUGGACAUCUUUCCCGUCAGCUGAACAUUUACAUAAAUAAAGAUAGAUACAGUGACUUGG